AUGGCCGAUAUCGAUUUUUCGACGCCACGCUGGCUUGUCAACUAUUAUCAUUUGAUCGGCGCGGUUUCGCUUGUGCUCGACGCGUUUUCCAUCUAUUUGAUCCUUUUCAAAAGCAGCAAAAUCGACAAUUUCCGCUAUUUCCUGCUCAAUUUUCAGGUAGUCACCCCGAGAGUGCUGCGCCUUUAAAUUGGGCGCGGAUGCACCGUAUCCGCGCAAAUUUAAAGGCGCACAACUUUCUCGAGAAAUCUGACCUUUUCAGAUCGCGUGUUCCCUGACCGACAUUCAAUUGACAUUAAUGAUGCAGCCGAUCCCAUUGUACCCGUUGGUCGCCGGAUUCUCCGUCGGUUUGAUGCCCACGCAUCUGGGAGUCUCCACACAAAUGUGCCUGGUCAUUGUGAUAUUUCUGAUGAUGUACCACAUCUCCAGCAUGACUUUCUGCUUCGUCCGCAAACAUCAAGCCAUUGCCGACGCGUUGAAACGAUUUUCGCUGCCGAACACGCUGAUCUUUGCACUUUUUCUCUUCCUUGUCCUCUUCACCAGCGCUGUACCCGGAUUGAUGUACACGGUGGGCAUGACACCGGAAGAGCAGAUCGAUUAUAUCAGAGAGGUACACGACUAGAAAGCGCUUUUAUUUUUGUCACAAGACCACGCGAUUUCUAUCUAAAUUUGCAACAAUUUUUCAGUUGAAGACUUUUUGAAGUAGCCGUUAAUUUCCUCUUCCAAAAGCUUGUCGCAAAUGUGUUGUGCUGAACAAACAACUUUAAUUUCUCAUUCCAGAACUAUCCGCAGUACAUUCCCGGCUUCGAUAGCCUUCAAAGUUUCGCCAUCUACGACGCGAACAUCCACUUUAUCGCGGUGGUGAGCUUCGCAGUGAGCGGCGGACUCAUCGUAUUUCUCAUCUUCCUCCUAGUCCUUCUCAACAUAUUCCGUAUGCUGCGUCUGCUAAAACGCAAAAUCUCAGCGUCAAACUAUCGAAAGCAUCAAACAGCAAUCAGAAGCCUCGUUGCCCAGUUCGCCACGUCAUCCGUCUUUAUGGUGCCUUCAAUCUUUUUCUACUUUGUGGUGCUUGUCGGAGUUCCCCAUGCUCAAGGUCGGUUACUGCGCCGGCAACCGAGAAGAACCGUCCGUUUUUCAGUGAUCGUCGAGUUCCUCCUGGUGCUCGCGUGCCUUCAUUCGUCGUUAAAUGCGCUCGUACUCGUGAUCACAUUCCCUCCGUAUCGAAAGUUUGUCAUCCAUUUCGUGUUGAGGAGAGAGUAAGUUUCUCGGAUUGAAAACCCGCAAAUUUAAAUAAACUGUUCUCAGAGACCCGGUGAUGCUCGGAUUAUCAGUGAUAUCUGCGAAGCCGUCAGUUUUGAUAUCCACUCUCGGAAAGUGAGAAAUAUUAUUUACAGCUUCAUCAAGUAUACGGGACAUGAGUGA